UUGCGGUGAAAGUUGCACGGUUAUUUUCUGGAUGUUUUAAUCGCAGGCCGUAGUAGUUCGCUGCAGCAGCUGACACUUCUGUAGUCAGGAGGUGAAGGUCUGAGGUCGCUAAAUAGCUCGGUAGCAGCAGCAGCAGCAUCAUGGCGGAGCAAGGCGGAUCUCCGGCUUCUGUCCAGAAUCCGCAACCAGUGCUGACAACGAGCUGGCCAAUUACCAGGGAGUCUUACGAGUUACAGGAAGUCAUAGGUUAGUAGGCUACCUCUUGAUAUGAUAUAGUGUUUAUAUAUAUGUUUUAUCAUGGAAAUGGCUCGGGCGGUUAUCAGUGGUGAAUGACGACGAGGGCCUACCGGCUUUUUCAUAUUCAACAGCGACUCUGUAAUGCUUUGCAAUGCGGAUGUUAACAACCGCAAUUUGCUUGCUCUUGUAAGAGGAAAACACCACUUAUUUAAUCAUAUAGAGAUAUAUUUAUAGUCACGGUAAAGUUGUAUUUAUAUGGGUAGGAAUGCCAUUUCAUGUAAAUGCGUUUUUAUGCAGUCGAUUUCUUCUAUGCCGAACGAUGCUCAUUUAUGGCACGUGUCCAGUAGGCUAUAUUGAAAUAGAUGUAACUAUGUAUGGAUGGAGAAUCUGGAUGAAAAUCGCAGGUAAUGUCUUCAUCAUGCACCUGCAGUCCUCACGGGAAUGGCAUGGUGUCGUUCUGUAGAGCAGGGAUAUUCAAUUCCACUUUGAAGUUAGACAGAGGGUCUACUCUUACAACAAAAUACAUUUUACUAUUGUGAUGAUGAUUAUGAUGAGUAUUGUUAUUUGGUUAGGCCACAUUCUUGCCUACUUAUAAGACAAAAUAGUUGUCACAGAUUAGAGAAUGCUCUGGAAAAUAAAUCACAAAUAGCCCAUAGACCUAUAGGCCAUCUCAUGUCAAUUUUAUUAUGAUAGUUGCAAAAAUAAUUAUACAUUUUAAUAUAUUGCCUUGCCUCACCAGGCACCGUUAUAAAUGUUAGUGAGCCUAUAGGAGAAGGAAGCAAUAUUGUAUUUAUUUAUUCUAUAAUCCGUAGCUAAAGCAUUACAGUGGAAAGGAAUGUUUCGUUUAUUGUUUCAGCACAUCUAGGUCAUCAAGGUUUAUUUGCACUUCUAUUAGGUUACAUCAAGGAGUUAUAGGACCGGUUACAUUGUUAUAAUACUGAGCUCACUUGCUGCUGGUCAGCAUUACUCUCCACACCCUCUCUCUACAGGUGAUAACAUCAGACUUCAUUUGGUAGGCCUAUAAUGCAGUUAUUCACUGUAAUUCCCCAAAUGCUUAAGAUUUCUUGCUCAUUUACGAAUUUCGUCACGUGGGAACUGUGGGAGACAUUUGGAUCUGUCUAAUUGGCUUUUGUCCAGAGGGAUGAAUAUCAAUUUUGCAUAUAGAUGAGCUGACACUGACAGCUAAAGAAAACCAUAUCAGUGCUGAUAAGGGAUAGCAUUACUACAGCCAAGAGCUGCCGUAGCUAGUUAGUCAUCUGUCCUGUGCUUAUAAUCAACUGUUGAGCAGUCCAAUCUCCUCUUAUCCUUAUCUGUCACCAGCAGUUGGCAUGGUAUGUACUGUGUCACAUUCUUAGUACAACAUAAGAAUGUGACACUAAACCCCUCUUCUCAAAUUUGUCUUUGGAUACACUGACUGUUAUGCAUAGGAAUUAGCGUAUGAUUGGAAAAUAUGUUUGUACAUACUGUAUUGGUUCAAUGGUGUUCUGAACUCUUGUUGCAGUCACAUGAAUGAUCAUUUAUUAAUUAUCAUUUAAAUGUCACAAAAAGCACUAAAUAUUCCAAACAGACAAACAAUGAUCCUGCAUGUGUCAAUAUGCUUUUCACCUUGGUCACAUUUGAUGUUACUGUGCUGUCCUGUCCUGUCUCCUGUCCUGUUUCAUAAUUGCACCUCUAUUUGUCUGUGAUUCCAGGCAGUGGGGCCACAGCCGUAGUGCAGGCUGCCCUCUGCACCCCCAGACAGGAACGCGUGGCCAUAAAGAGAAUAAACCUGGAGAAAUGCCAGACCAGCAUGGAUGAGCUAUUGGUGAGAGCAACAAUAAAUAAAGGCUAUAUUUUCAUUGUGUGUGUCCACAGUGCCUCUGGCCCUCUCUGGCCCACACUUUUCCUCUUGUGUGUGUGUACUAGAGGCUGAGUAGGGCUGUUACACUUGAGUGUCCAUUUGAAUAAGAAAUUAGCCACAAGCAGAGUUACAGUAUUUGUUGACAUUAUUAAGUAUUUGCUAAACUAUUACUUUGCAUAUUUGGAAAAUCAUUCGCAGUAAUUUAUUUGACAUCUUUAGCGAAGUAAAUUACAUAUGAACAAUCCUCGUUAUAAGAAAGGUGGUCAAAAGUUGUUGACUUUACUUUGUCUCAUGUGAGCCUCUUUCCUCUCAUACAAUAGAAAGAAAUUCAAGCCAUGAGCCAAUGCAACCAUCCAAAUGUUGUCACCUACUACACCUCAUUUGUGGUAAAGGAUGAACUUUGGUUAGUCAUGAAACUUCUGAGUGGAGGUAAGCUUUUACCUUCAACAUCUUAGCAAAAUAUAGCUGCCAUCUCUUUUAUACUUCCACACUAAACAUUGAAAGUGGCCAUAAUAACAUAACACAUUAAAUACUGUUAUAGACUCAAUUGUGAGUCCUUUCAUAUGUCGUGACAUUGAUCUCAUCAAAUGUCAACAAGCAAUUGUCCAUCCUUUGGUAGAGUUUACUGUAGACCUAUGUGCAGUGGCAUUACAAGUUAAGUGUUAUCACACCAUGUAAAUGGCUGGAAUGAAUAUCGAACAUUGUAACAAACUUGCUUAAGGCAGGAUGAGUAAAUGGAAUAGUUGACAUGGAAUGACAUAUCAGCAUUGGGCAUUGUGGGCACUCUGUUUUUCUGUCUGCUUCCUCCUUUUAGGAUCCAUGUUGGAUAUAAUAAAGCAUACCUUUAGCAAAGGAGAGCACAAAAAUGGAGUCCUUGAUGAGCUCAUCAUUGCAACCAUACUAAAAGAGGUCCUUGAGGGUCUGGACUAUCUGCACAGAAACGGACAGAUUCACAGGUAAGAUACCCUGGAGUUUAAAACAUUCAUAUAUAUAUAUAUAUAUAUAUAUAUUUUUUUUUAAAAAGUAAGAUUGAAUAUAAAAGUUCCAUAAUAUGAAUCUAUAAAAUGUAAUCUAGGAGUUACAUGGUGUUAGAUAAAUUGUGUUGACUAUUCUGUUUCAAUGUAAUUUAUUGACAUGGAUUGUGUUGUUUGAACUUCCCUUUGAUCACACAAAGGUUGUGUUUUUUUAAACUUGCCUGGAUGUCAAGGUCAUAAAAAACUAAACCACUAUUACCCCCUUGGUCAGUGUUCCAAAUGACAGCAGGCUGCAAAACUACUUUACACACAUGGAUGCAGCCCCACUUACAUAUUAGUCAUUUAGCAGACGCUCUUAUCCAGAGCGACUUACAUGAGCAAUUCUUCACCUAGUCGGCUCGGGGAUUAGAACCAGCGACCUUUCGUUACUGGCACAACGCUCUUACCCACUAAACUACCUGCCGCCCUAGUUAAAUACUGUUUGGGCAUGACUGGGGUGUUUUUGCUGUGUGUGUGACUUCAGGGAUGUGAAGGCUGGGAACAUCCUGUUGGGAGAGGACGGCUCAGUUCAGAUUGCAGGUGUGUGAGUAAUGUCACUCUCUCACCCCAUCUUCACCUGUCACAUUCUGUUCUCACAGCUCGCUCACUGCCACAGUUAUAUAUUACUUUUUUAUGAUGUUUCCACACAUUCAGUAAUUCAUCAGCAUAAUACACAGAACGCCAGAUUUCACCAAUCAAAAGAAGGAGUAGACUUGUAAAAUGGCAAAGAUUAAUAUAGUUUUUAAGCUAGCGAAAUCAUGGUAGUUUAUAAUAUUUACUGAAUAACAUUAACAUAAAGGUAGUCAAACAGGUCCCCCAUCAUAAAUCACUGGGGGCCUACGGUCUCUGUCAUAUAGUUGGAUGACAUUUAGCCUACAAACACUCGGAAGAAAAUCUUUCUAACAUGAAUGCAACGGAAGAUCUUGGGUGUGCAGUUUGUAUUAGGUGUAUAACAUGAAAUAGUUGUGAAAACUCCUAAUAGUUUGAGCAUAUUUUAGCAAAUACUGCAUAGCAUUAAUAUAUUCCUUUCUAUAAGAUGUUAAUGAGGUAUAACAUUACAUCCAUACAUUUAAUCUGAAUUAUACAUAUUUCCCCAUAGAUUUUGGAGUUAGUGCCUUUUUGGCCACUGGAGGAGAUAUGACCAGAAACAAAGUACGGAAGACCUUUGUGGGCACACCAUGUUGGAUGGCUCCUGAAGUAAUGGAACAGGUGAGACCAUAUUGUGGCCAGUUUUAGUAACAUCUACUAGCUGUGUUCACAUACACUGUACAAUACUAACAGUAGUGAUGCUAUGCCCACAGGUACGAGGCUAUGACUUUAAAGCAGACAUUUGGAGUUUUGGAAUCACUGCCAUAGAGUUGGCCACAGGGUCUGCACCUUACCACCGAUACCCACCCAUGAAGGUGAGCCUGAUCACUGUAUACCCAGUUGCCAGACAGAGAGUGGAAUAUGCCUACAUCUUAACUAAUUGUAGUUCAACUAAUGAACCAUGAAAGGCAGAUUUCUACCCUGUGUCUAUGUAACUGCUGAGAGACCACAUGCAUGCUUUUGACCCUUCCUUUUCUCUUCCCAGGUCUUAAUGCUAACCUUACAGAAUGAUCCCCCCACCCUAGACACGGGUGUGGAGGACAAAGAGAUGCUGAAAAAAUAUGGGAAAUCAUUUAGGAAGCUAAUAACCCUGUGCCUUCAGAAGGAGCCCGCCAAGAGGUUUGUACUUGUCUUCCAUUCAGUGAUCUGCGUUAGACCUACACUGUAAAUCUGUAGAGUCUGUCACUGGUUGAUGAUAAAGUAACUCUGAUGGCCUUGGGUGGUGAUCGAGUCUCUGUAGAGCUUCAUCCACUUCUACAAGAGAGUCCUGAAAUACAGUUGUCAUGUUUAGUGGUCUCACCCAUACCCACACAAGAAGAUAUAUUCUCACACAGACAGAUUGUAGGAUUGUACAUUCAGUUCCAGGCCAAUAAUUGGAACGUGUUCUUAUAGCUCCGUGUAUUUUUGUUUCUCUUUAGGCCUACAGCAGCAGAGCUUUUGAAAUGUAAAUUUUUCCAGAAGGCCAAGGUAUGAUUUUACCUCCAGAAUUGUACCUGUUCUAUUUGUUUGAGGCUUAAAGAAUUGGUAUGUUGAUGUUUUUAAUGCGGGUUGUGAUUUACAUUUGCAGAACAGAGAGUAUCUGAUUGAAAAGCUGCUAUGCAGAGCACCGAACAUAACCCAGAGAGCCAAAAGGGUAACGUCUAAACUAACAUCAUUCCCAUUAAAGCAGUCCCAAUAUUGACUAAACAUUAUGAACAAAGUAUGCUAAGGUUUUAGGGGUUGGCAGCACACUCUCCCCCAGUCAACACACAUCGAGUGUCCUCUCUGUCUCUCUCUUCAACACUUCAUUCACUUUGUGCUCAAACUGUUCUGUGGGGGUGGCUGCAAAUAUGGGCCACUGCUGGAACAAUAUCAGUCAGGCAGAAUGGAUGUGCUGACAACUCAUGCAUUAGUGGUCCGUAAUGUCGCUCAGACGCUCACUGCAAGUGGCAGACAAAGACAAAUGGGAUUGAAUGUGAGUGAUUAGGUAACAGAGAGGUGCACUUAAACACACCAUUUGCAUGCUCAGUUGCCUUGUGGUCACAGCUAACUGGGUGCAGCAGUGUAGCAGGCAAGGCUGAUAUUGGUACACCAUCAUCCUCCUAUUCCUAGAAGGCAAAAAGAUCAGGGUGAACAGAUUGGAUGGAAAUUCACUGACAUGGCAUGGGUGACUGGAGGACAUGGGGGACUGUGGAGGUGUCGCGUGAACCAAUCAUUUAGCAGAGCAUAAUGUCAAUAGAGAGGGAAGUGACUCGUGACAGAGUCGUCAGACGGAGGGGUGGACAGUUGCUGGUCAGAACAACAGUCCCAAUCAUUCAGAUCGUGUGUGUGUGGGUUGGUUGGUUAAUUUGGGAACAUAGUUUAAUGUGAGAUUAUGGUUGAUUGUAGCAUGACAAUACAAUGAUUAGUAUUCUAUUCUGAGGCUGUAAUGUAAUCAUGAUGCCCUCUUCAGCCAACCCUGAUCCUGCGAGCACAUCACAGUUUUGUCUUCUGCUGGAAAUGCACAGCUCGUACAUACAGUAAUGGAGCUGUGUUGAGUCUGUCUCACUUGAUUGCAGAUGAGGAGUGCGAGUCAAAGAGUAGUGUCCUCUGUGUUGCCUCUGUGAUAAUAGAAUGGUUUGUUUGUGUGCUGUUCUGACCUAUGGAGAGUCACCCACAUUAUCCACUCAGCAGACACAGGCCAGCCUGCACAGAGAAGAAACCUAGCAGAAACAUUGUCAUCUCAGGACGCUGUGACCUGUCCACAUCCUGGACCAGAUCAGACUCUCUCCCCUUUGCCCCCCUCCCUCAGUCUGUAUCUCACUGAGGUAUAAUAAGAACUUGAGACUGCGUCCAAGAUGUCCGACCAUUGUUUUCAAGAUAAUCUACUCACGAUUUGCAUAUGCCGAUUCAUGGACCGUCUAUAUCCGAGUUGUAUCAAGAAUGCGGACCAACAUCACAUGCGCACUAGCACUCAGUGCACACAGGGUGUGACGGCAAGCAGCGACGACAUCAUCGUGUCAUCCAAAAACAUGGCAGACAUCGGAUGAAUAUAAAAUGUUAAUAUCUUCGGCUGUGAGUGAAGGAAAAAAAUUGGCCUCAGCGACAAUUAUUUUAGUAAUUCAAUGAAUGUUUUGUGCACAAAAGUGAUGACUAAAGAGUAUUAUUAGGAAUUUCCUAAUCUGACUUCUCUAUGUGGCCGUGUAUGGAAAUUCCGUGCCGGGCGUCAGUUAUGCUGCAGUACCGAAGCAAAACUGUAGGAGAAGUCAAAACCGUGCUUCUAGACCGGAACCCUUGGUCUAUCUCCUGCCCCCUCCCACAUACUCACUUCCUCCCUUCAUCCCUCCCUUAGCCUCCCUUCUCCCCUGCCCCCUCCCUGAGUCUCCCUCCUCCCCUGCCCCCUCCCUGAGUCUCCCUCCUCCCCUGCCCCCUCCCUUAGCCUCCCUCCUCCCCUGCCCCCUCCCUUAGCCUCCCUUCUCCCCUGCCCCCUCCCUUAGUCUCCCUCCUCCCUUGCCCCCUCCCUUAGCCUCCCUCCUCCCCUGCCCCCUCCCUUAGCCUCCCUUCCUCCCCUGCCCCUCCCUUAGCCUCCCUUCCUCCCCUGCCCCCUCCCUGAAUCUCCCUCCACUCUUGCCCUCCUCCCUCAGCCUCUUCCCCUUGCCCCUCCCUCAUUCUCUCCUCUCCUGCCCUAUCUGUCUCUCUCCUGUCCUCCUUUUUCUGCUCUAAGAAUCCCAUGAGCUAUAGGCUUGUUAAACAUUGGAGUCGCUCCCCAGAGAAGUAAGGAAAGGUAGAUUUUGCAAUAGAAAUGCAGGGAGCUUAUUGUGUAGGGUACCUAUUUUUACAUCAGUAGUGAAGUUCUACACUUGGGAAGACUAUGAUAUAGCAAUCAAAGAGAAGUACAUAUUGGACCAUGGGCAGUCGAGCUGUAUUAAUUAAACGAGAGUUAAUACAAAAUAGUAAUUUUCAAGACAUGUAUUGUAUCUCUAGCAGUUGUUCAUUGGCCAGAAGAGGGCACCCCUGCUCCUUAGUUGAUCACAUAGGGAGGCCUGCAGGAGAUAUUGAUCAAAGAUUAUUUCUAGAGGCUGACACCAAGGGCGGUGGGCUGCAGCAGUCAUUGAUGUGUUACGUAAUUGAAAGUUGGAAAAUAAUACUGAUAUAAUACUGAGACUGAUUUUCCACACUAGUACACAGAUGAUACAGUUUAGAUUCAGAUCAUCUAUAGAUGGCUCUUGUAAUUUGCCUGUAUGUACACCUUAAUCCCAUAUUUUCCCUUUGUGUGUUUCUCUAAGUGUGCAUGCUCAUAAAUAUAGUAGUAAAUGUAGUUGUUCACAUGCUUUGGCAUAGACAGCUUGAUGGUACCGUAUGUGUGUGUGUAUAGAGACAUACAGGCCACUGAACUGUCACAUGCAUCCACACACAGUGUGCAGGUGAUGAUGAUCAGAGUGGACUGAUGCUUUUUUGUUUUGCUCAAGGAGCCAGAGCAGAAUUCCAGGAGCAUGGGCUCUGUGUCAGGUUCGGAGAAAGAACUUGAUGCCAUCAGAAGGGUACAUGUUCUUUGACUUAGCCCUAGAAUGCUGGGUGCUUCCACUUAGAUUAAUCCAGAGUUAGCUUCUUAAGGAGUUUUUGUGUUUUGUUUUCUCUGUGUUUCGCUUUGGUGUUCUCUGUUCUUUUGUUCUCUGCUAGCUUAUAGCAGCUGUUUUGUAGACAUUAAAAACUCCCAGAGAGUAAUCCAAGCCCAAGCUAGUGUUUGUGCAAUGUUUGAUCAAUUCAUCUGCACUCAUAUAGGAACAGUGUAUAUUUCUAAAAUCCUAUAAACUCAUAUAAGACAGAUGAAUAACAUUUGAUGUUGUGUUGGUUUUGACCUUAGUGAGAGAACCUUAGAAGGGGUAUGCAACUAAAUGUGUUUUGUCUCUCAGCCCUACAGUUUGAUGGUGUGUGUUAACAGUUGUGCUGUGUUUGGCUCAGGUGAGGAGAGUUCCAGGGUCCAGUGGCCAUCUGCACAAGACGGAGGACGGAGACUGGGAGUGGAGCGAUGAUGAGCUGGAUGAGGGGAGCGAGGAGGGCAAGGCUGCUGUCAAUCAAGGCAGGGUAGGUGAGACCAUGACAAGAGACGCACAUCCAAACUUGACCACAGGGGCUGGAGAAAAAAGGGACAACUACACUCUUAGAAAGAAAGGUGCUAUCUAGAACCUUAAAGGGUUCUUCGGCUGUCCCCAUAGGAUAAUCCUUUGAAGAACCCUUUUUGGUUGCAGGUAGAACCCUUUUGGUUCCAGAUAGAACCCUUUUGGGUUCCAUGUAGAACCCUUUAUACAGAGGGUUCUACAUGGAACGCAAAAGGGUUCUACAUGGAACCCAAAAGGGUUCUCCUAUGGGGACAGCCAAAGAACCCUUUUGGAACCCUUUUUUCGAAGAGUGUAAUGUUGAGGACAUGAUACUCUCCUUUUGUUUUAGCCUUUGUACAGUCCUAGAUCCUGCAUGGAUCUCUGUGAGAGCAGUGAGCUAGCUGUCACAUGUCACUAGAGGUAGUUGGUAAGGGUUUGAAGAUGGCUGUAGGGGGCUGGGGAGGGAGCGGGAAAGACAGCCAUGAUCAAAGAUCAAAAAGUUAUUUGAUAUAGAUGCAUAACCUGAACGUCUCUUACACUGAAUAAUUACACAAAGCAAAGAUGUGACAAAUGAAAUGCUGAUAAUGAUAUUCAAUCUUUGUCAGCUUUGAAUUUUCGGUUGCCUCCUGUAAACUACAUUAUGCUAAUUAUUCUGCAGAUAUGGGUUCUACGGUGAUUGCACUCUACAUAUGCCAGUCAUAUUUAGAUUUGUCAAGACUGAGAAGAUCAUUGUGUUUGUGUUUGAUAUUGCCUUCCAGUCGCGAAGGGUCAGAGAGGAGAACCAAGAUGAAAACCAAGACGUAAGUUAGCUGUUUUCGGUUCUAUAAACAAAUGUGCAGUACAUGGUUUAUCAUCGUUAGUGUCUUUUUGAUAUCAGAGACCCUCAGAUGGAAUGUGGUUGAAGAUUGAUUUUCGUAAGUGUGUAAACCUGCACAUUGACAAGGUUAAUAUACUUACUUUGUCCCUGUUUCUUCCUGUAUAAUUUGAUUACUUUACAAAGGGCAUCAUUGGAAAAUCCAAUUGCCUGCCUCAACAGGGAGCAGGUUGUGUAUAAAUGAUUACAUCUGAAAUAAACCUAGUACGUCUCACCUGCCACAAUUUCUCGGACUCAUUGAUUUUAGCAAGGGUGAACGUAUAUACAUGCUUUCUCUAUUUGAUUGUUCCUAAACAAAAACAACAAAAUGUUUUACAUAUUGAUUGUUUUGUAUUGACUUUUCUCUAUUUGGUGACUGAGAUGAGCAAUGUCUAAUCUUGGGCAAAGAUUUGUUAUUGCUAACAAUGUUCCUCCAUAGCACAGAAAAAUGACUAGUAUAUGUUAUAUCUUUACUAUAUGCCUUUCGUUUUGUGCCACAGGAUGAGGAGAACGCCAACAUUGUUCCCAUUGAAGGGCUAUCCAUUCAGCAUCCACAGGUGAGGGUUUCAGGAGCAGCAUCACCAGCAGCAGAGGCAGACGUUAUUUGUCAUGAUUCAGUGACCUUGAUGCACCACUGAGUGUGUUUGAGUGAGUAUGUGCCAGGCUCCAUGUGGCACAUGGAUGGGCCCUUGCAGCAGUAAUAAGUCAAGAGUAAAUGGCCGUCCUGCUCCACUCCGUUGAUCUACUUGCGUGCGCGUGGGUGGAGUGGGAUUUUUGGAGUAGCGGACACCUUUUGGUAACAUGAUAUCCUCGCUGGUCCCACUCCCGUUCACAAGGUGGUGAUAGCAAAGUAUUUUCUUUUUAUCUUUUCGUUUUGUGAAAACAAGUAAGAGUCACCUUCCCUUGCUACUAGUAGCUAGCUGGCAGCCUGGCUAGCGGGUUUAGCCUGGCUAAAAACAUAGCAAGCUAGCUAGCCUUUUAGCUUCCCACAUCUCCAUGUGAAACAAUCAGAUUUAUAUAUUUUUAAAAUAUGUCCAGUAAAUAUUCUAUACUUGCCGGUGUAACCUAAAACAUGAUCUCAGUUUGAUAUGCUGCUUGUGUAUUCUUUCCAAGAUCAACUAAAAAUAAAACGUCAUGUUUUGGUCAUUGUGAAAAAGGCACAUGGCUAGCUAGUUGGCUACAGCAGGUUCUAUCAUUUCACAAUAGCCUGUAUAUCGUUAGUUAUUACUUCUAAAGAAAAUAAAUGUUUUGGGUGAAUUCUUGUUGUCUUCUUAUUUGUUGUGAAAGCAAAAAAUAGUAUAUUGUCUUGUUGUCCCUUGCUCGCAAGUUGGCUAAACACUGCAAGCUAGCUAGCCUUUUAGCUUCCCACAUCUUCAUGUGAAAUAAUCAGAUUUAUAAUUAAAUAAUAUGCCCUGACAAAUAUUCUUAUACUUGCCGGUGUAACCUACAACGUUAUCCUAGUUUGAUAUGCUGCUUGAAUGUAUACACUCCCAUAUCAGCUAAAAAUAGAAUGGCGUCAUGUUUUGGUCCAGUAGCCUGGAAUCACUAGUUAUUACAUUUUGGGAGUGGAUUCUAAUAAGGCUACAAUGUUGUUUGGUUUUUUGUUUGAACAGCCGCUGAGAUUAUAUUUUCUUAUCAAUGCAAAAUAGACUACUCUGAUGCAUAGCCUAUAGAUCAUAUUCAACGUACUCCCGUGCCUACACAACACUUCCCCCAUGGCUACGGAAGGGAUGAUUCGGCUCGUUACAAUUUUUAUGUGGCACGGGAGUACGUCGAAUAUCGGAGGGCACUACGGCGAGCCGCCCUUUCGUGACGAAAAACGACUUUGCGACACUGCGCUACGCUCAGUCGGCUCCGUUUGCGUAUUCUGUGUAGUCCCCUCUAGUCAUCUAAAAGGCCCUGUGCCAUUCUCUCACUGGCCAUUGUAAUUUCAGAAAUGAGGCAGUGUUGUUUGAGUUUCACCCCCGCGUCUGGCAGUGAUGGAGGCCAUAAGUGCUACUGUGGUUCUUACUUUGUUGAGUCAAGGUCUAGUCAAAGGAUUGUGCCUCCUCAAAAACAGAACUUAAUGAUCUUGUCAGAAUACAUCAAUACAAUACACUGUAUAUAUUGAAUGCAUUUUUGUGUGAUAUAACUUAUGUAUUCUUCUGUUGCUUUUGUAGUUUAAUCAGUGUAUAUACAGUUAUAUAUUUUUAUACUCCAGGAGAUAUUGAGUACUUACUGGCUUUAUUGACUCACUCUUUACUUACAGGUUCAACCAUUUGAGAAGAACACAGGGCCCUAUAUUCAAGGUGCUCUAAAUAUGGUUCUAAGGCUAAGGUAAGCAGUCUCAAUUUGGCCUCAUCCUCCUUACAUCCGUUACACCCAAACAGAGGUCUGAGAAUCUCUCGUUAUGUACCCUGCUGCUAAUAGACCUAAUGAUGACCAAAUGAUGUCUUGGCCCUCUAAAGAGAUGAUCUGACUUAAACAAGGAUCUGGUCUCUCUAAUCUGGCUGAGAGGUUGUGUGGGAAGAGGAGAGUGUUACACUCGAUUGACUUUCCAUUGGCCCCGCUCCACAUUACUGUGUUCGCAGGGACUGAAUUAGAGGGCUGUUAAGGACCUGCUCUGCCACCAGACUUACCAACACUGACCUGAUCUGACUUCACCUUCAUUUCAGCUAGUCCAGACACUUUUAGCCACUGGGACAUAGCUGCCAGGUUAAAGACCUAUUGCUAAAAGCCAAUUCAAGGCUGUAGCAAGACUUUUGACCAAUAUGGAAUAGGUUUAGGAGUAGAUUUAGGCUCCGAUUUAUCACUGUUUUAUAUAUUCUGUCCUUUUAUGAUACAUGUAUGAUAACUAGUGUCGUUUAGGCUUCAGACUCCUCUAAGCAGUCAAAUCCUUUCCCAAGAGGAAGGCGGUUUAUAUUUAUUGCAUUGAAUUUAAAUCAGUUUUACUUCCCCUGCAGCAAAAUGGAAGCAGAUUUAAACACCAUGUCUGAAAGCAGGAUAAGCAAGGCAAAUGUACAGAACUGUGACACACGCACACACACAUACACAUACACACACACAGAUGUCUGCCACAGACAUAGACAUGGAACAAGCUCCCUCACGACGCCAGGACAGCGGAGUCACUCACCACCUUCCGGAGACAUUUGAAACCCCACCUCUUUAAGGAAUACCUGGGAUAGGAUAAAGUAAUCCUUCUACCCCCCCCUUACCCCACCCCAACCCCCCCCCAAAAAAAACAAAAAAAACAUUGUAAAGUGGUUAUCCCACUGGCUAUAAGGUGAAUGCACCAAUUUGUAAGUCGAUCUGGAUAAGAGCGUCUGCUAAAUGACAUAAAUGUAAAUGUAAUAGACAAUGGAGUAUUUCUAGACAGUUUGAAGUCUGCCUCCUGCCCCCUGAAGAGCUAAAUGCAGUACUGGGUGCAGUGUAGCAGAGUAGGCUCUGGGUCGAUGAGAUAGCAGGCAGCAUCUGAAGGGCCCUCUGCAGGCCCACUGCGCAACAUACAAAGCCAUUCCCUCCACUGCAUUCCAACAGCAGGCCAACUGGAGGGCUGGCUACUGGAGAAGUGUAAUUAUUCUAACCUUGACAUGUAAAUAAAUGGACAGUUCUGUGAGCAGUGGGGCUGUAGUUAUGUCUCAGUGCCUUUGGUUCCAUUCAUUGCAGCUGUUUCAGCCUGCUUUCCUUGGCAGUGUAUGAGGAGCGAUGUAUCAUUUGCUAAUAAGUGGCUUGCUGUAUGUGCUAUGUAUUAAACCAAUCCUGCUCUGCGCGGAGGGCAGUCUCGCCACAGCAAAAGGAUUUCAGUGAUGUGUGUCAAAUCAAAUCAAAUGUUAUUUGUAACAUGCGCCGAUAACAACAGGUGUAGACCUUACAGUGAAAUGCUUACUUACCAGCCCUUAACCAUCAAUGCAGUUUAAUAAAGAAUACCAAAAACAAUCACAAAAAAUACAAUAUAAAAUAAUAAGAAAUAAAAGUAACAUAAUUAAAGAGCAGCAGUAAAAAUAUCAAUAGCGAGGCUAUAUACAGGGGGUACCAGUACCGAGUCAAUGUGCGGGGCACCGGUUAGUCGAGGUAAUUGAGGUAAUAUGUACAUGUAGGUAGAGUUAUUAAAGUGACUAUGCACAGAUAAUAAACAGAGAGUAGCAGCAGCAUAAAAUAGGAGGGUGGGGAAAUGCAAAUAGUCUGGGUAGCCAUUUGAUUAGAUGUUCAUGAGUCUUAUGGCUUGGGGGUAGAAGCUGUUAAGAAGCCUUUUGGACAUAGACUUGGCGCUCCGGUACCGCUUGCCGUGCGUUAACAGAGAGAACAGUCAAUAACUAGGGUGGCUGGAGUCUUUGACAAUUUUUAGGGCCUUCCUCUGACACCGCCUGGUAUAGAGGUCCUGGAUGGCAGGAAGCUUGGCUCCAGUGAUGUACUGGGCCGUACGCACUACCCUCUUUAGGCCGAGCAGUUGCCAUAACAGGCAGUGAUGCAACCAGUCAGGAUGCUCUCGAUGGUGCAGCCGUAGAACCUUUUGAGGAUCUGAGGACCCAUGCCAAAUCUUUUCAGUCUCCUCGUUCUAUCCUGCCAAGACAGUGUAUAACCCUGUCUUGGUAGAUUUAAGUAAAAAGUCAACUGACAAGAUCCACACCUCUGAUCUGUGCUGAAACAGUCAGUCCCUAUCACGCAGCAUCCAAAGGAGAGCAGUACAUUUAUCAGGCCUCUCAAGGACUUGUUCAGAAAAACUCAAAUGGCUUUAGCUUAGCCCUGUCAACUCCCAAUCUCCCAUAAAGCAAUAAUGGGGCUUUGUUGCAAUCGGUUUUGACACGUUAUGUAGAAUUAUGAUGUGGAUUUAUUUGCAUAGAGAUUUCUGUAUAACCCUAUUUAGUCCAUGAACUGUAAAAGCAGUUCUGGAAGCACUUGAAAGAGCAUUACAUUACAUUUGAUUCGCUGGGCGAAGAUACCUUUAUACAGGAGUGAAUUACAUUGGUGACAUUUCACAGCUUUUGAAUAUGUUGUAAACUGGUUUAACGCAAUACUGUAUUUUCUUCACAGUCCAAAGUCAGUGCAGUAAAACAACAGUGUUACAUUAUAACACCAUCAUCUACACUCAUCAUCUCUUUUCGUAUGACAAAAAAUAUGUUUGCCUAAAGAGGUAUACUGUACCCAGUACCCAGAGGAUCAGGAGAUGACAUGGUCACUGGUCAGACUUGCAGGCUUUAUAUGAGUGACAAACAGGUCCUUAAGCAGAUACAGUAAAGGGAGAAUACUUUUGAAGCGUGGCAUUUGGAUGCAACCAUACUUUCAAGGACAGAUGCGGAGAACGACAGACCUCGUUGUCUGAGCGGAGGGGUGGAACAGAUGUUAGAAAUUCAGCAACGUGGCUUUAAGUCUGGAUUGUCAACCGAGGGGUUGACAUGUUUUUAGUGAGAGCAUGACAACAGGAUUAAGGCUAAGCUGAAUAAAAGUCUGAGUUGGAGAUUGGAAGAAAUACAGAGGGAUAGGAGGUCCCUGUAGAAAACAUACUGAGGGUACUAAGGAUGCAUGUUAGGUGAAAGGAUUCACAGAAAUUAAUGUUAUUUUGAAUAUUUCAUAGGGCAUCCCCAGGAAGCUUAGGAAAUGUUCUCAUACAAUUCUUACAUUGUUUAUUUGCUGACUAGCAAGUUAACAUACAGUAAGGGGAAAAAGUAUUUGAUCCCCUGCUGAUUUUGUACGUUUGCCCACUGACAAAGAAAUGAUCAGUCUAUAAUUUUAAUGGUAGGUUUAUUUGAACAGUGAGAGACAGAAUAACAACAACAAAAAAACAGAAAAACGCAUGUCAAAAAUGUAAUAAAUUGAUUUGCAUUUUAAUGAGGGAAAUAAGUAUUUGACCCCCUCUCAAUCAGAAAGAUUUCUGGUUCCCAGGUGCUUUUAUACAGGUAACGAGCUAAGAUUAGGAGCACACUCUUAAAGGGAGUGCUCCUAAUCUCAGCUUGUUACCUGUAUAAAAGACACCUGUCCACAGAAGCAAUCAAUCAAUCAGAUUCCAAACUCUCCACCAUGGCCAAGACCAAAGAGCUCUCCAAGGAUGUUAGGGACAAGAUUGUAGACCUACACAAGGCUGGAAUGGGCUACAAGACCAUCACCAAGCAGCUUGGUGAGAAGGUGACAACAGUUGGUGCGAUUAUUCGCAAAUGGAAGAAACACAAAAUAACUGUCAAUCUCCCUCGACCUGGGGCUCCAUGCAAGAUCUCACCUCGUGGAGUUGCAAUGAUCAUGAGAACGGUGAGGAAUCAGCCCAGAACUACACGGGAGGAUCUUGUCAAUGAUCUCAAGGCAGCUGGGACCAUAGUCACCAAGAAAACAAUUGGUAACACACUACGCCGUGAAGGACUGAAAUCCUGCAGUGCCCGCAAGGUCCCCCUGCUCAAGAAAGCACAUAUACAGGGCCGUCUGAAGUUUGCGAAUGAACAUCUGAAUGAUUCAGAGGAGAACUGGGUGAAAGUGUUGUGGUCAGAUGAGACCAAAAUCAAGCUCUUUGGCAUCAACUCAACUCGCCGUGUUUGGAGGAGGAGGAAUGCUGCCUAUGACCCCAAGAACACCAUCCCCACCGUCAAACCUAGAGGUGGAAACAUUAUGCUUUGGGGGUGUUUUUCUGCUAAGGGGACAGGACAACUUCACCGCAUCAAAGGGACGAUGGACGGUCCAUGUACCGUCAAAUCUUGGGUGAGAACCUCCUUCCCUCAGCCAAGUCAUUGAAAAUGGGUCGUGGAUGGGUAUUCCAGCAUGACAAUGACCCAAACACACGGCCAAGGCAACAAAGGAGUGGCUCAAGAAGAAGCACAUUAAGGGCCUAGCCAGUCUCCAGACUUUAAUCCCAUAGAAAAUCUGUGGAGGGAGCUGAAGGUUCGAGUUGCCAAACGUCAGCCUCAAACUUAAUGACUUGGAGAAGAUCUGCAAAGAGGAGUGGAACAAAAUCCCUCCUGAGAUGUGUGCAAACCUGGUGGCCAACUACAAGAAAUGUCUGACCUCUGUAACCCACUAAGUAAUGUUUUGCAGAGAGGUCAAAUACUUAUUUCCCUAAUUAAAAUGCAAAUCAAUUUAUAACAUUUUUGGAAUGCUUGUUUCUGGAUUUUUUUGUUGUUAUUCUGUCUCUCACUGUUCAAAUAAACCUACCAUUAAAAUUAUAGACUGAUCAUGUCUUUGUCAGUGGGCAAACGUACAAAAUCAGCAGGGGAUUAAAUACUUUUUUCCCUCACUGUAAUGGUUGGACAAGUGAGAUAACUGUAGUUUAUUUCCAUUCAAAGCUAAUUUAUGUUGUGGAAAACAGAUGGGGAAGGUGUUGGAGUUAUCUAACCUGAUUCAACCUGAAACCUAUAGCAUUAUUAAAGCCCAUAUUGAAUAGUUCCAGCUUUGUCUCUUUCCAGUCACAAUGGCAUUACAGUAAUCAUGAUGCUCUUCUAGUUACAUCUUUAUAUUUUAAUAGGUGAUUGAUCUGCAAUCAGCAGAUGGGACACUCCACGUUCUACCAAUCAUAAUAUUAUGUUAUUAUACUCCUCCAUACAAUAGUAGCUAGAUGUAUCUAGUUGUAUUUACAAAAGACUUGCGUUGACAAGUUUCUUAGGCUUCAGUUUUGUAAUCACGAAAAUCGAUGCAGAUUAAAAUGUAAUUAUAGUUUAAUCCAAUUCCUUCAUGAAGAGUAAAACCAUGAACAGAGCUCUGGUGGUAUAAGAGCUGUAUCGUGUGGUGGGGGUUCUCUUGGGAAAAAUACCAAACUAAUUGGAAAAACAUAAUUGCAUCUGAAAGAACAAACACUAUACAGUGGGGAAAAAAAGUAUUUAGUCAGCCACCAAUUGUGCAAGUUCUCCCACUUAAAAAGAUGAGAGAGGCCUGUAAUUUUCAUCAUAGGUACACGUCAACUAUGACAGACAAAAUGAGAUUUUUUUCUCUCCAGAAAAUCACAUUGUAGGAUUUUUAAUGAAUUUAUUUGCAAAUUAUGGUGGAAAAUAAGUAUUUGGUCAAUAACAAAAGUUUCUCAAUACUUUGUUAUAUACCCUUUGUUGGCAAUGACACGGGUCAAACGUUUUCUGUAAGUCUUCACAAGGUUUUCACACACUGUUGCUGGUAUUUUGGCCCAUUCCUCCAUGCAGAUCUCCUCUAGAGCAGUGAUGUUUUGGGGCUGUCGCUGGGCAACACGGACUUUCAACUCCCUCCAAAGAUUUUCUAUGGGGUUGAGAUCUGGAGACUGGCUAGGCCACUCCAGGACCUUGAAAUGCUUCUUACGAAGCCACUCCUUUGUUGCCCGGGCGGUGUGUUUGGGAUCAUUGUCAUGCUGAAAGACCCAGCCACGUUUCAUCUUCAAUGCCCUUGCUGAUGGAAGGAGGUUUUCACUCAAAAUCUCACGAUACAUGGCCCCAUUAAUUAUUUCCUUUACACGGAUCAGUCGUCCUGGUCCCUUUGCAGAAAAACAGCCCCAAAGCAUGAUGUUUCCACCCCCAUGCUUCACAGUAGGUAUGGUGUUCUUUGGAUGCAACGCAGCAUUAUUUGUCCUCCAAACACGACGAGUUGAGUUUUUACCAAAAAGUUAUAUUUUGGUUUCAUCUGACCAUAUGACAUUCUCCCAAUCCUCUUCUGGAUCAUCCAAAUGCACUCUAGCAAACUUCAGACGUGUCUGGACAUGUACUGGCUUAAGCAGGGGGACACGUCUGGCACUGCAGGAUUUGAGUCCCUGGCGGCGUAGUGUGUUACUAAUGGUAGGCUUUGUUACUUUGGUCCCAGCUCUCUGCAGGUCAUUCACUAGGUCCCCCCGUGUGGUUCUGGGAUUUUUGCUCACCGAUCUUGUGAUCAUUUUGACCCCACGGGGUGAGAUAUUGCGUGGAGCCCCAGAUCGAGGGAGAUUAUCAGUGGUCUUGUAUGUCUUCCAUUUCCUAAUAAUUGCUCCCACAGUUGAUUUCUUCAAACCAAGCUGCUUACCUAUUGCAGAUUCAGUCUUCCCAGCCUGGUGCAGGUCUACAAUUUUGUUUCUGGUGUCCUUUGACAGCUCUUUGGUCUUGGCCAUAGUGGAGUUUGGAGUGUGACUGUUUGAGGUUGUAGACAGGUGUCUUUUAUACUGAUAACAAGUUCAAACAGGUGCCAUUAAAAACAGGUAACGAGUGGAGGACAGAGGAGCCUUCUGUGAGUUACAGGUCUGUGAGAGCCAGAAAUCUUGCUUGUUUGUAGGUGACCAAAUACUUAUUUUCCACCAUAAUUUGCAAAUAAAUUCAUGAAAAAUCCUACAAUGUGAUUUUCUGGAGAAAAAAAAUCUCAAUUUGUCUGUCAUAGUUGACGUGUACCUAUGAUGAAAAUUACAGGCCUCUCUCAUCUUUUUAAGUGGGAGAACUUGCACAAUUGGUGGCUGACUAAAUACUUUUUUUCCCCACAGUAUAAAUUCUCCUCCCAAAAUUGAUAAGGAUGUUAAGGUUGAUUAGAAAAUAAUUUAUGCUAGCGUGAACCCAUCAAUUAAGGUCCUUUAGAGAAUUGUAUUCAGAUGGGAUGUUAUGGUUAGUUGACCAUGAUUAGGGUUGCAAGGGCAGGGUAUAUUACUGGAAACUUUUGAAAUGUACCAGUAAACUACCAGAACCUUGGUAUCUUUCAAGAAUUUUAUGUAAUCUAUCACAAGAUAUCUAGUGGCCUUUAUGGGUACUUCAGAUUAUCAAAGGUAUCUGUAAUUAUGUCUGGCCCUAUGUGUGGCCUUAUCAAAUGUAAAAUAUAUGACAUAAUUAAAUAAGAUGAUUUAAAAAUUAAACAUAGAAUGACAAAGCUGUAAACCAUUAUCCUAAAUAUAAACCAUGAACUUAGUGAAUACCAUUGGUGUUUAAUAUGAGGGUUUCAGCAUAAUAUCAAUUUUUUUUUACACUUAUUUAUUUAUUAAGUCAAUAUGUAUUUGUUGUCAAUGUUUUGGCGGCAAACUGGUGGCAGUUGUGAAGUCAAUAGUUGAAAGAGUUGCAGAGUUAAUUGAAAAUAAUGCCAUUGUUGAUUAGAUGCUUUUUUCAUUAAUUAGGCUAUUUUCUCUUCAACCAUAUGGUCUAUCCACUAGAAACUCAUGGACAAUAUGGACACAGAUAUAAAAAAUGAAUAGUAUAUAUUAAUACAUGUUUUAAGUUAUUUAAGUAUAAAUUAUCAAAGUUAAAAUAGAUUGCUAUAGGUUUUCUUUUAAUUACCCAAAUUACUGAAGAUUUUGGUUACUUUACUAAAUUACCGGUAGCUUUGCAACCCUAACCAUAAUGCCUGGGAGUGGUUGAUGUAUGUCUGAAACAGAGAAGGGAUCUCAGAGACACACUGGGGGACUUGGAACCAUCAGGAAACUUCAAUUAAAAGACAAUAAGAACAACAGGAAAAGUUUGAAUGACCUGGGAGUUGACAUUUUUUAUUUUGUACAGAAGAAAUUGAUCAUUUGAUCUGCUCCAUGAAAGAAAGAAAGAGCACUUUGGCACAGAUAUUGACGUGUCAUCCUCACUGGCAGUUGAUUGCUGAUUAAUAGGGUAUGUAAUCAUGGGAGGAUAGAAGUCAGCCAAUUAACCAAUAGAGCUCCAGGCAGAUGUGGCACAUUUAUUCCGUCUGUCCAUGGGCUGGUGUUAUCAUGCCCACGCAGCCCACCCUGCCUUGUGUAGACUCAGACAAAAAGUUUAGAUUAUUGUGCGUUGCAGUGUGCAAACUCAUUAAUUUAAACCCACGAGAAAGCCAAAUUACUCUCCUUUAUUUUGCCAGCACAAUCCAUCCCAAAUUAAUUACCAGCACAUUAAUACUAUCUCCUCUCACACAAUGGGCCCAUUCAUGUAGGCUUUCCCAAGGCUGGAGCUCUGAAGUACUUUCCCUCUGCUGACUCCAAACACUCCCCAGAUGUGUGUAUUGAUUGUGUUUGUUGGUGUUUUAAGAAAUUACUUCCCUGUCAAUGCCAAACAGGAUUUAGAGUUCUCCUUUGUAGUCAGGGGCGGACUGACCAUCUGACAUUUCGGGCAAAUGCCAGAUAGGCUGGUCCAUUUUUAGCCUGGUGGGCCUGUCCAACUUUCUUUUUGUGUGUGUGUGUGUGGGGGAAUUAUAAUUAACUGGCUAGCAAUGGGGGUCUCAACUAAUAAAAUGGGCCGGUGUGGGGGCCUUGAGGGGAAAAAAAGGUCAGUUGUGGGGGCCUUAAGGAAAGAAAUGGGCCGGUGUGUUAAAAAUGUCAGAGCCGAUUUCUGGUCACAGUCAGUCCCUGUGUGUAGUCUAUACACAAUAGACCAUCUGUUUACCAGGCUUUGGCCUUGAACUGCAGUGAACGCUCUCAGUGCUAGAGAGCUUUACAGCUAACUUUCCCCAACAUACCAAUCAUAAGUCUGGACAGGACACAAUGUAAACAGCUUCAGUGGCAGAGUGCAAUUCAGAAGUAUUAAUGUGUUCUAUAGACAAACAUUACCUGAGUUACUCUGGGGACCUGGGAGUGAUGACAUUCUGUCAUGUUUUAUAGCAGAGAUUCUCCCCUCCUUGAAUGGCACUCUCUGAGUGUUUGCCAGUCAAGUGUUUGCCUGACUGCCCAUUGCCUACCAGGGGAAAUCUAUUUUAGUAGAUAGAACACCUCUCUAUACAAAUGAUUUCAGCUCAUGCUUUACCUGGUGAAAUCUUAACAUUCCCAGUAAGACUGGAAGAUUGACGUUUUAAAAGAAGCACAUAAAAUCCCAAAAACUCCUAAACGGUUUCUCAAUCUGUGUGUGUGGCUUAGCUCCGACUGUCCUUUGCAAUCUAUUUACCUCCCACAAUGUAAUCUGACAGAGACUUUCCAGGCAUCUGCUGCCGAUCUCUCUGGAGGAGGACUUAGUAGGUAGAUGGAAACGCCGGGCUCAGGCCCGCUGACACAGAUGUGGCUGCAGAAGCACUUACAGCAUGCUCUCCCACUGUCCGUGGAUGAACUGGAGAGAUCUUAGUCAUCCUACAUCCAUCUGCUAAACUCAAGUUUCACCCCUGACUUCUCUCUAGCUGUGAAUCUGCAGAAUUGGACAAGUAAAGUUGACACAGGCAGCUGAUGGAAAUCCACUCCCACUUCUCUUCCUACUGCCUCUCUCUCUCUCUUGCUCUCUCUCGUAAAACUAAGUUAGCCCUCACAGAGGUGUCGAAGCAUGUUCCGUACAUGCAGAAUCUCCUGUAAAAUGUAGGUCAGGGGCUAGCAGGUGGGCAGAGAUUGAUGUGAUUUAUGCAUCUUAAUUACAGCUCAAAUUAAUCCCACUCCCACAACGCUGUGUACAGUAGCCAGCCCAGCCGCUCCCCUCCUUUUGAAGCUAUCAGUCAUUGAUAUAUUUUAUAUUUUUCAAAGUAGCUACCUUUUGCCUUGAUGACAUCUUUGCACACUUGGCAUUCUCUCAACCAGCUUCAUGAGGAAUGCUUUUCCAACAGUCUUGAAGGAGUUCCCACAUAUGCUGAGCACUUGUUGCUUGCUUUUCCUUCACUCUGCGGUCCAACUCAUCCCAAACCAUCUCAAUUGGGUUGAGGUCGGGUGAUUGUGGAGACUAGGUCAUCUGAUGCAGCACUCCAUCACUCUCAUUCUUGGUCAAAUAGCCCUUACACAGCCUGGAGGUGUGUUUUGGGUCAUUCUCCUGUUGAAAAACAAAUGAUAGUCCCACUAAGUGCAAACCAGAUGGGAUGGCGUAUCGCUGCAGAAUGCUCUGGUAGUUAAGUGUGCCUUGAAUUCUAAAUAGAUCACCAACAGUGUCACCAGCAAAGCACCCCCACAACAUCAAACCUCCUCCAUACUUCACAGUGGGAACCACACAUGCAGAGAUCAUCCGUUCACCUACUCUGCGUCUCACAAAGACACGGCAGUUGGAACCAAAAAUCUCACAUUUUGGACUCAUCAAACCAAAGGACAGAUUUCCACCGGUCUAAUGUCCAUUGCUCGUGUUUCUUGGCCCAAGCAAGUCUCUUCUUCUUAUUGGUGUCCUUUAGUAGGGGUUUCUUUGCAGCAAUUCGACCAUGAAUGCCUGAUUCACGCAAUCUCCUCUGAACAGUUGAUGUUGAGAUGUGUCUGUUACUUGAACUCUGUGAAGCAUUUAUUUGGGCUGCAAUCUGAGGUGCAGUUAACUCUAAUGAACUUAUCCUCUGCAGCAGAGGUAACUCUGGGUCUUCCAUUCCUGUGGCGGUCCUCAUGAGAGCAAGUUUCAUCAUAGCGCUUGAUGGUUUUUGCGACUGCACUUGAAGAAACUUUCAAAGUUCUUGAAAUUUUCCGGAUUGACUGACCUUCAUGUCUUAAAGUAAUGGACUGUCAUUUUUCUUUGCUUAUUUGAGCUGUUCUUGCCAUAAUAUAGACUUGGUCUUUUACCAAAUAGGGCUAUCUUCUGUAUACCAACCCUACCUUGUCAAAACACAACUGAUUGGCUCAAACGCAUUAAGGAAAUAAAUUCCACAAAUUAACUUUUAACAAGGCACACCUGUUAAUUGAAAUGCAUUCCAGGUGACUACCUCAUGAAGCUGGUUGAGAGUGCCAAGAGUGUGCAAAGCUGUCAUCAAGGCAAAGGGUGGCUACUUUGAAGAAUCACAAAUAUAAAAUAUAUUUUGAUUUGUUUAACACUUUUUUGGUUAUUACAUGGUUCCAUGUGUUAUUUCAUAGUUUUGAUGUCUUCACUAUUAUUCUACAAUGUAGAAAAUAGUAAAAAAUAAAGAAAAACCGUGGAAUGAGUAGGUGUGUCCAAACUUUUGACUGGUAGUGUAUGUUAGUUUUGCCCAACCUGUAUGCAUGUUCCCCACUGGUACACAGGCCAGAGUGAGGGUUUAUUUUCAUGGCAACUCAAAACAAUCAAUUUUAUUGAGCUUUACAGUGCAGCCUAUUUAAUAUGCAAGGAUUCAAAUUUGAGUACUAAUGCUACACCAACUGUGUUGUCCAUAAAAACAGGAUGAUAUUACAUUAGCUAAUAGUAACACUAACUUAAGCAGUUAGUAAGGAAAACAAUAUGCUUAACAUGGCCCAUUGUGUUAAGCCUAGAGACGCGUAGUGUUUAAUAGUGGAUGUGGCAGCCAGGCUGUCUCUUUCUACUCCUCCAUUCCUGGGGGUCUGCUUGUCAGGAUACUCUUCAGACAGUCUGAAUCAAAUAGAACACACGGGGACUCUUGGCCUGGUCCCAGAUCUGAAUUGUAGCCAACUCCUCUGACUAUUGUUGUCAUGCCAUGGAGUUGUAAACCCAAAGAGUCUAACCAGGUCCUGGACCCCCUGUCUGUUCCUAUGGAGGAUAGACUGGUGGGUUCCAUGUUCACAUGUAACACAUCUUAAAUACUUAUCACCUUCCCAUCUCUCUCUUCAGGAACUCCAGGAAGGAGCUGAAUGACAUCCGGUUUGAGUUCACUCCUGGCCGAGGUAAGAGCUGCACACAAUGAAGAAGCUAAUGUUAGAAUGUGGUUAUUAGCACCAUUUGAUAUUGUAUUUUGUAUUGAAGUGUAGUACCGUAUGUCACGUUAACUUCUCACCUGGUUCUAAUGUUGUAUGUUGUUCUCUCCAUAGACACUGCCGAUGGGGUUUCCCAGGAGCUAUUCUCAGCUGGCCUUGUCAAUGGACACGAUGUUGUUGUCGGUAAAUGUUUCAUCCUUGUUUUCUGAUGUAAUGCAGGGCUUAUUUAAACCCACAUGCUUAGCGUGUAUUUUCCAGACCUAGGUCAAAUACAUGUGUCAAAUACUUGAAAGUAUUUGAGGUGCGCUUGAUUUAGCUUGGAGUUUGUACAUUUGGAACUAUUUUACUGGGCAAACUAAAUCAUGCGCAGUUCAAGUAUUUAAACAUAUUUUACAUGUAUUUGACCUAGGUCUGGUAUUUUCAAAAGAAUCACAUCCCUCUCAGUCAAUGAGAGGUAUAAGAGCAGCGAGGUACAGUCUUGAUUUAUUCAUCAUAUGAUCUAUGAUAGAUAAUCUGAUGUGACUGUGCAAUAACACUAUUAACACUUGCGUACUCUAUAUAUAACAUUACUUUUCAGUUGCAGCUAACCUGCAGAAGAUUGUAGAUGACCCGACUACCUACAAAGUGUUGACCUUUAAACUGGUGAGUACCCAGAUGAUAAAUGUCACACCACCUCAUGUCUCAAGAUAGCUACAUGAAAUAAGAGGGAUGCUUCCAAAAACCAGAACGUUACAUCACACAGAUUGAUUGACUUCCAUAACGCUCAACAUACAUAGAAAAUAUAAUGUCUCACUUACACCAAUUAAAUGACAAUGCUUUAGGGUUGUGGUGUCUGGAGAUACUGACACUUCAUUCAAAUCCCAAAUGAGCAGUGGUGCUAGAGAAUGGGAGAAAUCUGUGAUGACAGGCGUGUCGCAGCACUGACUUUGUCGUGUAAGUGGAAUAACUGAUGGUUGACACUCCUAAUCUGCACAUGCUUCCCUCCGAGCACGACACUAUGUGAUUUACAUUGAUCGACACCGAGCGGAACAAUGCAAAUUCUCUACAGAGAAGAAUGAAGGAAGCAAUGAAUGCCGAUCCCAGUGGAUUUGCCGUAAUAUUGGGCUAUUUUUUAGCACCCUUUUGGAAGGUGUGGGUGAGGUAAACAACAUCUGUGCGGUUGGUCACAGUAUAUCACUCUUCGACCUUUCUGCCAUGUACGUCUUAUCAGCAGCUGGUGAAUGUCGCUGGAGACACUCUGGUGUGCAGAACUGCAUCAGAGGGGUUAGCAGCAGCAGCAUCCAGACUGUGCUGCUGGCUGGGGCCUGGCUGGGUAAAUAUAUUGGCCAGAGCACUUUCCCAUUUCUAUUAGUUAACACACUGCUCCAGUUCCAGGCGGCACGAAAUCGCACACAGCCACUCAACUCCAAAUAUCGACCAAAAACACUGAAUUAUGUUUGCGGUUUCACUACACAUGCCGACAGUGAGAAUAAUGAUCUUCGCUCUGAGAACAAUUCAGAACAUUUUACCAAGAGGGUUUAUACCACAGGAUAGACCCACCAGUCUAUCCGGGGAGAGACAGAACCUUUCUCCAUUCUCCACUCUAAAUUGCUGGAGGCGGGCAGACAUUGCACUGACUCAUGCUGUACCACAUCCAGGGGGAUAGCGAUGUGAAAAAGAUAUAUCGAUUGCCUCUCAGAGACUGCACUCAAACCAAUCUGAAUGCAUGUUGCCAGUAAUAAGGCCUCCUUGUGGGUCAGCAUAGGAGCAUAACUAGUUUAGAAUUUUGCCGCACUCACUCUCUAAUGAACUUUCAAUAAAAUACAACUUAUAUUUUAGCAAAAGCUCCUCUAGUUUUGAGAGGGCUUUUGUGGAGUUAGCCAUGCCAAUGACUCAAGUGCAGACAAAAUAAUUAUCUGUUUCUUGUAUUUUCUUUUCAAACGGCAUGUCUUAUUUAAAAAAACCUUGAACAUGAUAGGGAGGUUUGUGAGACUACUGGGACACUUUUAGAUUUCACUGCCAGGGAAACUCCCCAGGUCUCAGGAUAGCUAUAUCAUCCUGAUUUAAAUGCAACACAGACCUGUACAACAUAGUCAUAGAGCUUUUAACAUGAAACAUAUCCAAUCUUUCUCAGUGCAAAGCACAGGAGAGUUCUGUAGAUUGCACUGCAACCCUUCACAGUAGAAGCUGUUGCAUCACAAUAUUAUUAGUUAUUAGAUUAAAUGAAAACCUGAAGGGAAAUUACAAUUGUCUUUGUGCAUUUUGCAUUGCUUGUGUCACAGGAUGUCUAGUAACAGGUUCUAGUCACAUCAGUAAUGAAAAAUACUUUGAUGUAGUAAUUAAUAGAGCUGCUAAGACGCCGUCUCGGAUGAUAUGAAGCAUGUUCUAUUAUUAAAUGGAGGAAUUACAUUGUUCUACCACCUUGGCUGUAGGGAAAUACUGUAGAAUUUUAAAAGCUCUCCAUAAAUGUUUAAUUGGCAAAUUAUCUUUUGAAGGACUGUAAUUCCUCCACUCUGCUCUCAUGUCUUCAUGGCCCUGUAACAAGGGGACAAAUCUCUCCUGUGCUUCAAGUUUUCUUAGUUUAUAGGAUUUAAGAGCGAAGAGGUCAAAGUAAUAUUAAUCCGUUAAACAGUGGCUUACUACAUAAAGUAGGAUCAGUGCCAAAACCAAUCCUAAUUGUUAGGGUACAGCUGUUCAUUGGGUGUUGGAUUAUGGUAAUGUUGUUGUUGUACGCAAAUGUUAGGAUUUUAUGGCCCCCACCUAUUGAUCUGUUCCUCCAUCAGGUCUCUGGCUGUGAUGACACUGAGAUCCCAGACAACGUGAAGCUGAUUGGCUUCGCCCAGCUGAGUGUUAGCUGA